AUGGAGGAACCAUCCUCCACCAACCCUGCACAUGCCCACUUCGAGAGCUUCCUACAGGCCCAGCUGUGUCGGGAUGUGCUGAGCAGCUUCCAGGGGCUAUGUGAGACCCUGGGGCUGGAGGCUGGUGGGGGGCUGCCCCAGUACCACAAGAUCAAGGCUCAGCUCAACUACUGGAGUGCCAAGAGCUUGUGGGCCAAGCUGGACAAGCGAGCAGGCCUGCCUGUGUACCAGCAGGGCCGGGCUUGUGCCAGUACCAAGUGCUUGGUGGUGGGCGCUGGACCUUGUGGGCUGCGGGCUGCGGUGGAGCUGGCGCUGCUGGGGGCCCGUGUGGUGCUGGUGGAAAAGCGCACUAAGUUCUCUCGCCACAACGUGCUCCAUCUCUGGCCUUUCACCAUCCAUGACCUGCGAGCACUCGGGGCCAAAAAGUUCUAUGGCCGCUUCUGCACAGGCACCCUGGACCACAUCAGCAUCCGGCAGCUUCAGCUGCUUCUGCUGAAGGUGGCGUUACUACUAGGGGUGGAAAUUCACUGGGGUGUCACUUUCACUGGCCUCCAGUCCCCUCCCCACAAGGGGAUUGGUUGGCGUGCCCAGCUCCAGCCUAGUCCGCCAGCCCAGCUGGCCAACUAUGAAUUUGAUGUCCUUAUCUCCGCUGCUGGAGGUAAAUUCAUCCCUGAAGGCUUCACCGUUCGGGAAAUGCGAGGUAAACUGGCCAUUGGCAUCACAGCCAACUUUGUGAAUGGGCGCACCGUGGAGGAGACACAGGUGCCCGAGAUCAGUGGUGUGGCCAGGAUCUACAACCAGAGCUUCUUCCAGCUACUGCUCAAAGCCACAGGUAUUGAUCUGGAGAACAUUGUAUAUUACAAGGAUGACACCCACUACUUUGUGAUGACAGCCAAGAAGCAAUGCCUGCUGCGGCUAGGGGUGCUACGCCAGGACUAUUCGGAAACCGACCAGCUACUAAGCAGUACCAAUGUGGUGCCUGAAGCUUUGCAGCGCUUUGCCCGGGCAGCUGCUGACUUCUCCACCCAAGGCAAGCUUGGAAAGCUGGAGUUCGCCCUGGAUGCCCGCGGGCGGCCUGAUGUCUCUGCCUUUGACUUCACAAGCAUGCUGCGGGCAGACAGCUCUGCUCGUGUGCAGGAGAAGCAUGGUGCCCGCCUUCUGCUGGGGCUGGUGGGGGAUUGCCUGGUGGAGCCCUUCUGGCCUUUGGGCACUGGAGUGGCCCGGGGCUUCCUGGCCGCCUUUGAUGCAGCCUGGAUAGUGAAGCGGUGGGCAGAAGGCGCUGAGCCUCUAGACGUGCUGGCUGAGCGUGAGAGCCUGUACCAGCUCCUGUCACAGACAUCCCCGGAAAACAUGCACCGCAAUGUGUCCCAGUAUGGGCUGGACCCAGCCACCCGCUACCCCAACCUGAAUCUCCGGGCGGUGACACGCAACCAGGUACGAGACCUGUAUGAUGUUGUGGCCAAGGAGCCUGUGUCGAAGAAGAAUGACAAGACAGAUGCAGGGAAGCUGGCCACUGGCACCCAGGAGGCACUGCUGCGAUGGUGCCAGGAGCAGACCGCUGGGUACCCAGGUGUCCACGUCACUGACCUAUCCUCCUCCUGGGCUGACGGGCUGGCUCUGUGUGCCCUGGUGCACCGGCUGCAGCCUAGCCUGCUAGAACCCUCGGAUCUGCAUGGGAUGGGGGCUCUGGAAGCAACGUCAUGGGCACUGAAGAUGGCAGAGCAGGAGCUGGGCAUUGCACCAGUGUUGUCUGCACAGGCAGUAGUGACGGGGAGUGACCCACUGGGCCUCAUUGCCUACCUCAGCCACUUCCAUACUGCCUUCAGGAACAAGCCCCAAAGCCCAGACCCUGUCAGCUGUGGCUCUCCAGGGACGUCCAGUGCUGUGCUGUUCCUGGGCAAACUGCAGAGGACCCUGCAGCGGACCCGGGCCAAGGAAAAUGGGGAGGAUGCUGGUGGCAAGAAACCGCGUUUGGAGGUAGAGAUAGAGACCCCAGGGACUGAGGAGCUACCUGUCCCAGAGCCCAGGGGACCCCUGACACCCCCAUCCCAACAGCAGGAGACUGAUGCUGGGGAGCUCUGUGCACUCUGUGGAGAACACCUCUAUCUCCUGGAACGCCUCUGUGCCAAUGGCUCUUUCUUCCACCGGAGCUGCUUCCGCUGCCAUAUCUGUGAGUCCACGUUGUGGCCAGGUAGUUACGGGCAGCACCCAGGAGAUGGAUACUUCUACUGUCUCCAGCACCUGCCCCAACCAGGCCACAAAGAGACUAGCAGGGAUGGAGGCCCCGAGAGUCUGGAACCACCCCUACCAGACAAUGAGAGCCUGUCACCAGCCCCCAUACCACCCACAGUCCCCCAAGAGGAGGCCAAACCUGCUCCAAGUCCUAGUCAGCCUACUCGUCGGCUGAUCCGCCUCUCCAGCCCAGAACGCCAGCGGCUGUCCUCCCUAAACUUAACUCCUGACUCAGAAACAGAGACCCCUCCCAAGCCCCCUCGCAGCUUCCCUGCCUUGGCCCGCCAGGCCCUGGAGGAUAGCUUUGUGGGCUGGGGAGUACCAGCCCAGAGACCUCAAGGGCUCUCUGGCUCAUUUCUUGUGACCUUGGAGAAUGAGGAAGAAGAGAGUUUCCCUUCCAGUGAAGAGGAGGAGGAGGAAGAGGAGGAAGCUAUUGCUUUGGAUGAAGACAUAGAGCAGGUCCUGCUGAAGUUUGCCAAGAACUCAGGCACCAUGAACAAGUACCCAACAUGGCGUCGAACUCUGCUACGCCGUGCCAAGGAAGAGGAGAUGAAGAGGUUCUGCAAGGCCCAGGCCAUCCAGCGGCGGCAAUAUGAGAUUGAAGUUUCUCUGAGGGAGCUGGAGGCUGAGGGCAUGAAGCUGGAGCUGGCUUUGAGGAACAAGAGCAGUGCCCCUGAACAACAGAAGCAGCUGUUGUUAGAACAGCUACUACAGCUUGUUCAGAAGAAAAACAGUCUGGUGGAUGAGGAGGCUGAGCUCAUGAUCAUAGCGCAAGAACUUUACUUGGAGGAGCAACAGUGGCAGCUGGACCAAGAACUACGAGGCUACCUAAACCGGGAAGAAACCCUGAAGACAGCUUCCGAUCGGCAGGCUGAGGACCGGAUUCUGAAGAAGAAGGUGGACGUGGUGAACCAGAGAGAUGCUCUCAUCCGUUUCCAGGAGGAACGCAGGCUCAGUGAGUUGGCCUCAGGGACAGCGGCCCAGAGCUAG